CUAAUAAAUUUCUCUUUAAAAUGUCUAUGUUUAAAACUGUAGAUGGCAAUACACGACUUUAUUAUGUCUCCAACGGUCUCCAACUACCGUAGAAGAAGCAUUUUCACCAAUGACAGCAAGUCAGGAAGGCAGAUUGAGACUCAAGAUCAUGGACGACCUAACAACAGAAGUGAUUGUGCCAGAGGGUGAAUAUGAAUCCCCAGAAGAAGAACACGUGAAGAAAUCACAAGGCAAGAGAUCAAACUUUCCUCUGGCGCCUUCUGUAUUCAAAGAGACACCUAAAGAAAGUGGUUUUCACAAGACCAUAAGGACAUGUCUGCAAAAGAUCAGGGAGGCCAUGCUGCACCAUCGGUGGCUUGAGGCAUCACAAUUCAUGUCUAGCUAUUGUCAGACACUAGAGGACACAACCGCAACCAUGCCACAACUUCAAUCUGAGAUGAUAUGGAGGAUGGGCACCGAGAUUUUACAUCACAAUCCCAAUUCCAAGAUGGAAGACUACAAUAGCUUCUAUGAGCGUAUGAAAAACUCUGGAGUGAAGCAGUACCUGGUGGUCUGUCUGGAACAUGCCUUCCACUUUCUGGUAAAGGGACAGUUUGAGGAGGCCAAACGUCAGCUGUCUAUUGCAGAGAGCUGGAGGUAUGGCAAGCAAUCUGCAGGCCAGUCCCAGAGAAUAAAACUGAUCCAGGCCUACAAAGGCUUCCUGGAUUACUUAAUCUGGUGUGAUAAGAAAGCCACACUCUCCAGCACAGAUGAUCCGGAUGCAGGUGCCAUCCAAGAGAUGCACAGCUACUUCCGUCAGUCCUCUGUCAACCUUAAGGAGGUCAUGAAGACACCUGGUGUCUGGGAUCCUUUUCUUCUGAGUUAUGUUGAUAUGCUAGAAUUCUACAACGAUCAUGAUGGUGCCCUGAAGGUUCUGAACAACUAUUCCUACGACAACAGUUUCCCCCCCAAUCCGAAUGCACAUGUGUAUCUCUACCAGUACCUGAAGAAGCAUGAUGCCCUUCCAAAAAAACAGAUUCAAGUGUUGAAGAUAUUGCAUGCUAUGGUUCCGAGUCAUGAUUUGAUGUUGGAAUAUUGUUCUUUACUGCUGCAGUCAGGUCUUUUUAUUUCCCCAGGAAAGCAGAGUAACUUUGGGAAGGCUCUGGGUGUUUGCCUGGAUCUCCUGGACUAUGCCUGCUGGAGGAACAGCUUGGAUGUUUGGAGCCAUGUGAAGAACAUCCUCCUGAGGCUGAGGACCAGUGAAGGAUGGUCGGAGAUUGUUGAAGAGCUGAUGGUGAAAAGAAAAGACUGGUGGUCUGCUCUACAUUUUACACACUCCAGUUCAAGCAAGGAGAACGGAGAACUCGAGGAAAUGAAAAUCUUUGUGGCAGAAGUCCUUUGCCCAUCUGCGUCAAUGUAUAGCUACCAGGUGAAGAGACAGUGCAGAGGUGCAUCACUUCGCAAGACUAAGCGAAAGAGAAAUGAUGUGACCACGAGAAAAAGGCGGGAACACCUCAAGAGAAAGCGUGAACUAAAACAAGACAUGAAGAGGAAGACAGCACAAACGAUCAAUGUGUUAGACCAAGUCUUUAAUACUCAGGAAUAACUUUUUACAUGGACCGUUGAAUUAGUAAUAAUUUGGAUAAUGUUACAAUUUCACUACGUUACUAGCAGAGAUGCAGCAAACCAAAAACUAGCGUUCUGAGGCCUUUGCUGUUGCAUCUGUGACCCUAGUGUCCACCAGGGGGGGCUCAUGCUGUGGCUGUGUUGUGUUGUAAAGCUUACCACUUCUCAAUGUUUAAAAGGAACAGCUGUGUUCUAUGGGGGAAUGCUA